AUUCAUUCACAUCCGUCUCAUGGCUCCUCACACUCCAUUUAUAAUAAUCAGUCAAAAUACAAAAAGAGAGUCUGGCAGGAAAGUACAAAUUGAGAAUAUUUCAGCUGCUAAGAUCGUUGCAGAUGUUAUUAGAACAUGUUUAGGACCAAGAGCGAUGUUAAAAAUGCUCAUGGAUCCUCAGGGUGGAAUAGUAGUAACUAGUGAUGGCAAUGCUAUAUUAAGAGAGAUUGCUGUAAAACAUCCAGCUGCAAAGAGUAUGAUUGAAAUAAGCAGAACUCAAGAUGAAGAGGUGGGUGAUGGCACUACAUCAGUUAUUAUUUUAGCUGGAGAGUUUUUAGGGGCAUCUGAAGUUUUCCUAAACCAAAAUAUUCACCCAACAAUUAUUAUAUCAGCAUAUCGUUUGGCUCUUGAUGACAUACAAGAAGCCUUAAACAAUAAAUUAAGUUUUUCUAUCAAUAUAAAAGAUCAAGCACAACUUUUAAAAAUUGUAAAGAGUUGUGUAAAUACAAAAUUUGCUGGUAAAUGGUCUGAUUUGAUUUGCAAUAUUGCCAUAAAAGCUGUUAACACUGUUGCUCUUGAUCAUAAUGGUACUAAAGAGAUUGAUAUUAAAAGAUAUGCCAGAGUAGAAAAGAUUGCUGGAGGCUUAAUCGAAGACUCACAUGUUUUGAAUGGAAUAAUGAUCAAUAAAGAUACUACUCAUCCUGAAAUGAGGAGAAAGAUAGUUAAUCCAAGAAUCCUAUUAUUGGAUUGCAAUCUUGAAUAUAAAAAGGGUGAAAGCAUGACAAAUAUGGAAUUCAACAAAGAACAGGACUUUCAAAAAAUGCUAGAGCUUGAAGAAGAUACCAUAAAGAAGGAUUGUGAUAAGAUUCUCGAGUUUAAGCCUGACAUGGUGUUUACAGAGAAGGGUGUAUCAGAUCUUGCCCAACAUUAUUUGAUGAAAGCAAAUGUAACCGUAUUAAGACGCCUCAGGAAAACCGAUAAUAAUAGGAUCGCCAAGGUGUGUGGUGCCACGAUUGUUAAUCAAAUAGAUGAAAUCCGUGAAGAAGAUAUAGGCACUAAGGCUGGUCUUUUUGAAAUGAAGCAGAUUGGCGAUGAGUACUACACAUACAUAGUGGAUUGUCACGACCCUAAAGCAUGCAGCAUAGUUCUAAGGGGUCCUAGCAAGGAUAUCUUGAAUGAAAUAGAAAGAAAUUUAAUUGACGCGAUGAGUGUUCUUAGAAACGUUAUGUUACAAUCUAAACUCGUUUAUGGUGGAGGAUCAGUUGAGAUGGCUUUAUCUAAGAUUCUAUCAGAUAAGGCUAAAUCUAUAAUCGGUAUCAAACAGUGGCCGUAUUUAUCGCUGGCCAGAUCCUUGGAAGUUAUACCUAGAACUCUUAUACAAAACUGUGGAGGCGACGUUAUACGAACUAUGACUAACUUGAGAGCCAAGCAUUCGAUUUCCGAUGACCCAGAAAGCCAAUUCUAUGGUAUAGACGGUGAAAAGGGAACAGUUUGCAAUAUUAAAGCACUAGGAAUAUACGAACCACUAGCUGUUAAACUUCAAAUUUACAAAACUGCCAUCGAGACUGCCAUAUUGUUGUUGAGGAUUGAUGAUAUAGUAAGCGGCACCAAAAAGGAGUCUACUAUGAAUGAAAAGCAGCAAAACGCACCUCCUACCGAGGAGUCAAUGAAAGAUUAAUUAUACAACCUAUUUCAAUUUUGUUUAUUAGUCAUUGUGAAUAUUCAUUAAUUUUUAUUUGUAAAUCAUAUUUCGAGCUCAAAUAUUCAGGCUAUAUGCCACAACGCGUUAUUAAUAUUUGUGGAGAUUAAAUAUUAUGUUUUUUGAUAUACAAACUUAAAACAUUUACGAUUCAUAUGUUUGUAUUUUUGUUAUGAUUUUUUAUUUGAAUAUAAUAAAAUUUACUAUGCUUUUCUA